AUGAUAACUGGAAACGGUAUUAUUUUUUUAGGUACUGGCUCAUCAUCAUCAACACCUAAACUAUCACACAUUUUUAAAAACUACAAAAUAUUACCAGAAAAAAAUAGAAAUGAUUUUGCAAAUUCAGAAUUAAAAAAAGAAGAUUUUGAGCAAGUAGAAAAAUUUGUUGAAGAAUUAGCUUCUAAAGAUUUAGAAAAUAUAGAUAAAUUAAAUAAUUUAUAUUUAAAAAAAAAAUAUCCUGGUUCAAAUUUAAAGUGUUAUUCAUGUUAUGAUGCCUUAGCCGAAAAUUCAAAAAAUAAACGAAAUAACAUUUCAGUUUUACUCAAAUCGAAUAAUUCUUAUGUUUUAAUUGAUGUUGGAAAAACAUUUCGAGAAAGUAUUUUGCUUAAUAAUGAUAAAAUUAAUUUCAGCGAAAUCAACCUUGAAGCAGUGUUAAUAACACAUAGUCAUACAGAUGCUAUGAAUGGAAUUGAUGAUUUAAGGGAUUUACAAGAAUAUGAAAGGGUAUCAUAUGAAGACAUCUAUUAUUACAAAUCUAAAAAACCUAUAGAUGUUUACUUAAAUGAUGUAUCAUAUUAUAGACUAAAAAAUGGAUUCGAAUACCUUGCAAAAGAACGAACUGAAAAUCGAUUUUAUUCAAAAGUUGCAGCUCUCAAUUUUUUUAUUUUAAAGGAUGUAAAAUAUAAUAAUCUAAUACAUGAAAAUAACAAAUUAGACGAAAUUAAAGAUGUAAAUAAUAUAAACAAUAAAAAAUGUAUAAAUAUACACUCAUAUGAUAAAAAAGAUGAAUAUGGUUUUAUUUAUACUACAUUUGAAAAAGAUAAAAAAAUACGAUUUAUUCCAUUUCAGCAUGGAAAAAAUUAUGUUUGUGUUGGUUAUAUAGUUGGAAAUAAUCAUAAAUUAGUAUAUAUAUCUGAUUGCAAUUAUGUUUCUAAUUCUGUCAUAGAAUAUAUUAAAAAAUUCGCCCCAAUUGAUAUACUAGUUAUUGAUGCUUUAUAUUAUAAAUCAAAACAUUAUUCUCAUUUUUCUAUGUAUGAAAGUAUACAAUUUUCUUUAUUAAUAAAACCUAAACAAGUUUAUUUUGUUGGAAUGUCUUGUGAUGUUGAACAUAAUAUAACUAAUUUAUAUCUUCAAAAGUUGUUAAAAAAAUAUCCAGACAUUUCUUUCUCUUUGGCACAUGAUGGGUUAUUUAUCCCAUGUGAUUUUUAG